UCCAUCACACUUCGUUAAACCCUGUAAUCGUCUCGUCUCCUCCCUUCAAACCCCAAGUACUUUCUCUCUCUCUCACUCUAGAUGUCAUUUCUCAGAGCCAUUUGCAGGUCGAAAACCCCAUUACCUGCUCCCUCAAUCGUCCUCCAUGACUUACUCAGAAUACCCACAACCACAAUCAAAGACUCUUCUCCUUCCUCUUCUUCAACACCACAAUUUACAAAUUCACCCUCCUUCACGAGCGGUAUCAGCUUCUGCCACUUCCACGACGGGAGGCCCAGAGGGCCCCUGUGGAGGGGCAAGAAAAUGAUCGGCAAAGAAGCCCUUUUCGCGAUAUCGGGUUUGAAGAGAUACAAGGAUGAUGAAGAGAAGCUUGAAAAAUUCAUCAAAACCCACGUCUCUAGGCUCUUGAAAAUGGAUAUGAUUGCUGUGCUUGUUGAACUAGAACGCCAAGAUGAGGUCACUUUAGCCCUCAAGAUCUUCAGGAUGAUUCAAAAAGAAGACUGGUAUAAGCCCGAUAAAUUCCUCUAUAAGGACCUAAUUAUGGCAUUAGCAAAAUGUAAGAAAAUGGAUGAUGCCAUGCAAUUGUGGGAAACCAUGAGAAAGGAGGAUCUAUUUCCUGAUUCUCAAACAUACACUGAAGUAAUUCGGGGCUUCUUGAGGUGUGGGUCUCCUGCAGAUGCCAUGAACAUUUAUGAGGACAUGAAGCAAUCUCCGGAUCCACCGGAGGAGUUGCCAUUUAGGAUAUUGUUGAAGGGACUUCUGCCACAUCCGCUCUUGAGAAACAGAGUAAAGCAAGAUUUUGAGGAAAUUUUUCCUGACAGCAGUUCUUAUGAUCCUCCAGAAGAGAUAUUUGGGUUACGAUAAGGUCAGACAGAUAAUCUGCGACAACAAACACUGCAAUAAUUGCACCCUGUGUUGACUACCCAGCAAUCAGCUCAUGCAAUCCUUGCUAUUCAUGAUGACUAUUCGUGCUACGAGCUCCCUUUGGCUUGCUCGUCGAAGAGAUUGACAUUACCACCAACUUCUCCACCCAAUUUCUUCCGACUUUUCUGCAUGGCGGAAAAGUUUGGAUGGCUCAAUUUAGGUGAAAGUGAUGUCUAUUAUGUUCUUCUGUCUAGAUGAUGUAGGUAUACCAGUCUGUUUAUCCAUCCAUAUGAACUAUGUAUCCAGUGUGAAGCACGUUCUGCAGUCACUGUAAUGGAGUUUCCGUCUCUUAUUCAUUUAAGGAAUACUGCUGCAAAAUACCCAUUUAUAUGUCUGUUUCGCUUCAUCGUUUUUAAUUGCUGUCAAACAGAUGAUUUUUUUCCCUAUGGAAGGCAAGUUGAAUUGUCCA